AUGGGCAACAGUCUAAGGUGCUGUUUGGCUUGUGUGCUACCCUGCGGAGCUCUUGACUUGAUCCGGAUCGUCCAUUUGAAUGGAUACGUAGAAGAAAUCUCGCACUCUGUCACAGCCGGUGAGAUCCUCGAAGCGAACCCAAAUCACGUUCUGAGCAAACCCAGCUCCCAAGGCGUCGUUCGUCGCAUUUUGAUACUCUCACCGGAGACGGAGCUCAAGCGGGGCAGCAUCUAUUUCUUGAUCCCGACUUCUUCUAUAUCGGAGAAGAAGAAGAAGAGUAAGACUAGCGGCGUUAAGAAGCCGUCGAAAAAGAGCACUAAAAACCACACCGAAAGUACCGACCGCUACUUAACGGAGAUUGUCACGGAAAAGAAGUCUUCGUCACGGCGGGAUCGCCGGGCCGGCCGGGUCACAGUAUGGCGGCCUCAUCUCGAGAGCAUCACCGAAGAUUAA